CCCUCUUUUUUGUGGUUAAAGAUGCUCUGUUGGAGAAAUCACCGACGCCAUGAAGAAAGUAUUCGGAGAACACAAGGCCAGCACCAGGAUGGUGAGUGGAGCGUACCGCAGCGAGUUUGGAGAACACGAGGAGAUCGCCGUGGCCCACAACAGAGUUACAGAGUUUAAAAACCACGAGGGCAGGAACCCUCGACUGCUCGUUGCAAAGAUGGGGCAGGACGGUCACGACCGGGGAGCAAAAGUCAUCGCCACGGGUUUUGCAGACCUGGGGUUCGACGUCGACAUCGGACCGCUGUUUCAGACUCCUCUUGAGGUUGCCCAGCAGGCCGUCGAUGCAGACGUCCACUGCGUCGGCGUCAGCACGCUGGCGGCAGGACACAAGACUCUGGUCCCCGAGCUCAUCAAGGAGCUGCGGAAACUCAACAGACCCGAUAUCCUGGUCAUCUGUGGAGGCGUCAUCCCACCACAGGUAACCUUUAGGACCAGCUGCUAAAAAAGGGUUGACCUUCUUUACUGUUUUAUUUUAAGGUGGCAAGUUUUGCAGCUAGUU